UAAUCAAAAUCCACCAUGGGUGUGACUAUGAAGCGAGCGGCCCUCAUCUUCGCCGGCCUCGGCGUCUUGUCUUUCAUCUUCGGAGUCAUUGCGGAGAACAAGAAGUCUGCCGCCGGAACCCCAAUUCCCGGUAAAGAUUCGGUUCUAUGCAAGUAUCCAUCGGAUCCCUCCGUCGCCCUCGGCUACCUAUCGGUUUCGUUCAUCAUAUUAUUUUCUUUGGCUGGCUAUUGGUCUCUGUUUUACCCUUACAAGGGGAAAUCCGUUCCACAGUUUGUUCUCUUCCAAAGCACCGGUUUCUUCGUCUUCUCCAACAUCUCCUUGUUUACAGGGGAAGGAGGGGGAAAACGGGGGGCGGGGGGAGAAAUGAAGAUAUGGGGAGAUUGUGGUCGCUCAGCCAUAGCUCCACCAUCGCGUCUGGGAGGUCACCAGGGUAGCCAUGCUCCCAGGCAGUUUGGAGCCCCGUAA